GGAACAUUCUGCUCUUGGAAUGUGCCAUGUGGGGUCCGACGUCUUCCAUUCGAGUCUUUGUGCCCCUCAUUUCCCCCAAAAGCAUCAUAGGAGUGGUGGGAUCAUGACAUAAACACUUCCUCGUGUUGGAGUCACCUCAUUUGUUUUCCUCGCCCUUUCCUGUCCCCUUGCUGCAACGACGAAGGGAGAGCCCGCGAGACACCCACACCAAUUGCUCGGCUACUCACACGUUGCCGAUUGUCGCGACCACUUAUUAUUUUUGGUAUCUUGUUACCAAUCAGACAGGCAAGAGGGCGGGGUUUCGGGCUAACUGUGAGCUGGCAGAUACGGCGGCCCCGCGCAAGAUAGCCUGGAGCUCUGUGUGAAGCAAGUCGUAUGAGGCCCAGCCUAGCCCACCGAUUAUCGCGAUCGCUCAAGAUGGCUCUUCACCCGCCUCCCGAGAGCGACAAGCUCAUUUUCGCGCCCGCCGGCUCGGCGCAGAACACCCGCGCAGACCAGUUCACCCUCUCGACCCUCUCGCGCGCCUCCCUGCACCCGUCGUCGCCGGUGCCGCAGUUCCACGCGUGGUUCACGGCGGCGCAGGAGUCCCACGCGGUGGCGCACCCGGAGACGUGCACGCUCUCGACGGCGUCGCUGCCGUCGGGCCGCGUGUCGGCGCGCAUGGUGUACCUCAAGGAGCUCGACGCGCGCGGCGGUUUCGUCGUAUACACGAACCUGGGCACCUCGCGCAAGGCGGCGGACCUGGCGACCAACCCGCACGCGAGCCUGACGUUCUGGUGGGAGGCGCUGCAGCGGCAGGUGCGCGUCGAGGGUGUCGCCGCCCGGCUGAGCCCCGAGGCGAGCCAGGCCUACUUCGACACGCGCGUCCGGGGCAGCCGGCUGGGCGCGUGGGCGAGCCGGCAGAGCCAGGUGCUGGAGCCCCGGCCCGACGCCGAAGGCGAAGACGGCAGGCCGGACGACGGGCGGGCGCAGCUCGAGGGGUGGGUCGGCGAGGUCGAGGAGCGAUUCCGCGGUGAGGACAAGAUCCCCGUGCCCGACUUCUGGGGCGGGCUGCGCAUCGUGCCGGACAGGGUCGAGUUCUGGCAAGGCCGGGAGAACCGGCUGCACGACCGGUUCGUGUACGACAAGGUCGAGGGCGACGAGCAUGGGGAGGACAAGUGGACUAUCAAUAGGCUGAGCCCUUGAGCUGCCCAUUCCUGACGUUUUUUACCCGGCAGGUGUCUCUCUCAGUUGGGUUCCAGGACAUCCGUACCGCGUACAUCCCAUCAAAAGUUAGAUCCUCAACCGCCUCACAAAGUCCUAUCAGGGGGGGGGCAUCCCCAACCCAGACCACGAAAAGAAAAGAAAGACGAUGGCAUCAUUGGGGCAGCUCAAUCCCGACUGGAACCAUGUUUGAAGUGCGAAACUCAACGCUGUCUUUCUUCAGAGACUACAUUACCAAAUAGGGUAUGUUAAAAUAAAGCGAAAAGCCACGA